GUCAUCAUCAGCGUGCGUCAGCGUCAAUCCGUCGGCGUUGUACGAGCCCAGCGGGUACAGUGAAUACUGCGAACAGCGGUACAGUCGCGCGCUUCCUUCAGACGAGCUCAGACCAUCGAACAGUGACAUCGCGUACUGCCGCGCACAAACAUCUCUCGACGAUCAGUGUUCAUUAACAUUUCCCAAGUGAUUAAAAGUGGUAAACAGUGAUAAGCAGUGAUUUACUUUAUUAGUGCGAACCUCAUUGCUAAGACAUGAGGCGGUGAGACCGUGGCACAGAGUAUUAGCACUUGAACUGACAUAAAACAGACACAAACACCAUGAAGAGAUUACAGAAAUUCUGUUACUGCGCAUCGACGAGGACUGGGACGCUGAUCACAGCGUUCCUUGGAAUCGUUCUCUCUAUCGCCACCAUAAUCAUAGUAUGGGUCGUAAAGAGGCAUAGGAUCACAUUCAGCACGUUCAUCUUCGAUGAAGAGUUUGACAGAAAACUUUCAGAUUUAGACAUUCCGAGGAUAAUAUUAACAAUUAAUUUAUGCUUCACCAUACUGAUAUGCACGUUGCUGAUGAUAGCAGUACAUAAACGGCGGUCAUGGCUAAUGCUCCCGUGGGUCGUGCUGGGAAUCGUGCUGGCCAUCGGCCUGCUCAUCAGCGUGUUACACACCUCCAUCACAUACUAUCUCGACAAGGAAGACCACGUCAUACUUGCAACAAUUAUACUGAUCGGCGGACUUCUGUAUUUAUGUCUGUACCUCUACCUAUGGGCAGUGGUGUUCAGUCAUUACUUGGACGUCCGUGACGAAGAAGAACGAGGCCGAUACAGAAAGGCUCCCUACAGACGAUAAACAACCACCUAAACUCAACUAGACUGCAUAAUAAUCGAAAAUCUCGUCACCAUCUAAUCUCAACGCUUUUACUCGUAAUAUUUAAGGUUUAAUUUAAGAAAAUAAAUGUUUAUAAAAUAAGUACAAUUUCGUACAAUCGUAAAAUAUCUAACAGUGCCUUAUCUACAUUUUUUUAAUAUUACAUG